AUGGGAAGGAGGGUGGCUGAUCCAACCAAUCCAGUGCCUGCGCUGGGGGUUCCCCUGGCAGGGGGGCGAUGGGGGCCGCUGUGCAGUGUCGGGGUGCAAACAUCUCCCGGACUGCGGACUCUCCCCUCCAUCAAACGGCACGGCAGCCAAGCGAACAACAAACAUCAGCAACUCACCAUGGCAACAGCCAAAACAACGACAGCGGAGACGGGGGGACUCAUCAGAAGUGACAGCAACAGUCUGCCAGUGUCCAAGGAGAGAUCUCAGAACGAGAUCAACAGCCUGACACAGGACGACAUGGGGUCACAGGGGUCAGGCAGCGGAGUUUACUGCCAGAUCAAAAGUAUGAACCCCAAGGACACGAGAGAUAAAAGGACAGCUCGGUAUACAAAUGGCAGUGUGGUGGCCUCGGAUGCGGUGGGAGGGGUUUGCACUGAGGCCACAGAAGGUCAGGAGCCUCCCAGAGAGAGGAGGAGGGUGCAGUCUCUGCGAGGGGAGGGCCAUCGCUCGGUAUUAAAGACCGGGAGUGUUUGUACGACCGUGCACGCCACCCCACCGCGGCCCUGUAGGGUGAUGGCGACUUCCCCGCCCAGCCUCUGUGGGACAUGUGGGAGGAGACGAUCACAGAUUACACCGUGCACGGGAGCAUGUCGCAGGAAGGCUGUCAAUCAAAUAACAGCCAGUCAGACUUUACCUAAUCCGCCACGGAAACCCAAUCAGUCAAGGAAAGAAUCUACUGUGGAAUCUCAGCAUUGCACCAAAAACACAGACACAGCAAACACCUCCACACACGCGUCAGCAAAGACUUCUCACAUACCACAGCUGUCACACACUAUACCAAAAACACACAGCUCCCAUUCCAACCACACGUCACACACCAGGAACAAAACCACAGAGUCAAAGCAGCAGACACGGCCUUAUUCGGCCGACUAUACUCAUUACAAGGACUCAGCCACGCAAACAGCAGACAUGCACAACAACACAGACAGGACCACAGCUACCACACAUACACAGCGACCACACACACCAUCUGCAGAAGCAAUAGAGCCACAUAAGACUGACAUAAACAAGUAUGAUUUGACAAAAAUCCAGCACACUGAUGAAAACACACACCAACGCGUAUCAGUCCGUAGCUCUUUUAAACAUCCGGCUCCUUCCCUCCACUGUGACUUAAAAUCUACCGACACCCCACCUCUACCACCAAAAAACUCUCCGAAACCCGCUCGGUCCAAACCGGCCACACCUGUAGCGCAGACUAAAAACACCCAAGAGGAAAUACACACACCCAAACAAACACCCUCGGAACGGAUCAAACUCAAGGACUACGCGAAACAGAAGAGCAGAUCAUUUGAUGACCACACUCUGCCUUGCAAGACUCAUAUAAAAGCACAAUGUAACGGGGCUCCGGGAGGGUUGUUGGUCGGACCCGCAGGGAGCAAACCACGCGGGCUGGAGAGACAGUUGCAGAGUGUGGAGGAGAACCUGCAGUCCAAUCAGGAGAAGAUCAAAGUGCUCCUCAACGUCAUUCAAGACCUGGAGAAGAGCAAGGCCCUCAGCGAAGGUCGCAGCUCAUACAGAACUGGUCAGGACAUUAACAACUGCCCCACCUGCCAAAAGACAGCCUGCAUCAUCUACAGUGUGGAGCAUGAUUUCCGACAGCAGGAGGGACGUUUCCAGGGAGUUAUGGAGGCUUUGGAUGGGGAGUAUGAUGUGCCUGCACCCACUCUGACCAAGCCCACGUCAGCCCCUUCCUCCUCCAGCCGACCCAGCACCAAGGCCCGUGUCAAGAAACUCCGCAAGAAGUGUUUCUGGUGGCUGUAA